AUGGCCACUCAAGCAACUUCCUCCUCCCCCUCUUCAACAUCUUCAUCUUCUUCUUCUUCUUCUUGCCCUCGAUGGAAAUGCCAUGUGUUUCUCAAUUUUUGUGGUGUUGACACUCGCAAGAAUUUCACAGAUCAUCUUUAUAUUGCUUUGAAACAAAAGGGUAUUAUCACUUUUUGGGAUGAUGAGAAACUUGAGCGAGGAAAGUAUAUUUCCCCAGAGCUCUUGAAAGCAAUAGAAGAGUCCAAGUAUGCUAUCAUUGUUCUCUCAACAAACUAUGCUUCUUCAAGGUGGUGCUUAACUGAACUAGCAAAAAAUUUUGAAUGCAUGAAAAAGGCCAAAUUGACAAUUUUGCCUGUCUUUUAUCAUGUGGAUCCUUCUGACGUAAGGAACCGAGAGGCACUCUUGCUAAAGCCUUUGCAAAACAUGAGGAAGAUACCAGAGUUAACACAUAAGAUGUGCAAGUGUGGAAAGCUGCUUUAA